AUGCUGAUCGCUGCUGAUGGUGGUCAGUCGCUGCAUUGGAGGAGGCGAGGUCGUGGUCAGUCGCUGCUGAUCGCUGCUCUGGAGGAGGCGAGGUGGUGGAGGGAUCUGCGGCUAGUGAAUUGGGAUUGUUUCUUGAGAACAGCAAUUUCGGAUAUUGAGGUGGAAUAUGUGGAAAUCAAAGGCAAGACCAUUCCUUGUGGCUGCUGCAGUAGCACUAAGUCUACAAAUGAGAAUCAUAAGGAGUCUACAAGUGAGAAUCAUAAGUGUGAAGAAAAAGUAGAGGGAGAAUUUUUAAAGGUUCCUGGAUAUGAAAAUGAAGUGGAGUUUGGUGUUUUGACAUCAUUUGCUUACCCUCUGGAAGGAGGUCUUGGAGACAUUGUUGUGGCCACGACUAGAGUUGAAACAAUGCUUGGUGAUACUGCUAUUGCCAUACAUCCUGACGACCAAAGAUACAGCCAUCUUCAUGGGAAAUUUGCCAUACAUCCAUUCAAUGGAAGGAAACUUCCCAUAAUUUGUGAUGCAAUACUUGUUGAUCCGAAAUUUGGGACUGGUGCUGUCAAGAUAACUCCAGCGCAUGAUCCAAAUGAUUUUGAAGUUGGAAAGCGACAUAAUCUUGAUUUUAUCAACAUUUUCACAGAUGAUGGAAGAAUAAAUAGCAAUGGCGGUAUGGUGUUUGCAGGCAUGCCACGUUUCAAAGCCCGCGAGGCAGUGACCGUAGCUUUACAGGAAAAGGGACUCCAUAAAGGUGUUAAAGCACAUGAGAUGCGCCUUGGCAUUUGUUCAAGAACCAAGGAUGUGGUGGAGCCUAUGAUAAAGCCUCAGUGGUAUGUCAACUGCAGUAGUAUGGCUGCAGAAGCUUUCGAUGCUGUCAUGAAUGAUGAAAGUAAGAAAAUUGAGAUCAUUCCAAAACAAUACAUUGCUGAGUGGAAGAGAUGGCUUGAGAACAUUCGUGAUUGGUGUGUCUCAAGGCAGCUUUGGUGGGGCCACCAAAUUCCUGCGUGGUAUGUGACUCUAGAGGAUGAUGAACUGAAGGAACUUGGUGCCUUCAAAGACCAUUGGGUGGUUGCUAGAAAUGAGGAGGCGGCUUUGCUAGAAGCUAGCAAAAUAUUUGAUGGGAAGAAGCUUCGGCUGACUCAGGAUCCUGAUGUUUUGGACACCUGGUUUUCAUCUGGUAUUUUUCCGCUGUCUGUGCUGGGGUGGCCAGAUGAUUCUGAAGAUUUGAAGGCUUUUUAUCCAACUUCAGUACUCGAAACUGGGCACGACAUUCUCUUCUUUUGGGUUGCACGCAUGGUUAUGUUAGGAAUCAAGCUGGGAGGUGUUGUGCCUUUUAGAAAGGUUUAUUUGCACCCCAUGAUUCGUGAUGCACAUGGGCAUAAGAUGUCUAAGUCGUCGGGAAACGUAAUUGAUCCUCUUGAAGUAAUAAGUGGAAUAACCCUGGAGGGACUUCACAAGAGACUGGAGGACGGUAACUUGGAUAUCAGUCAAUUGAAGGACGCCAAGGAGGGGCAGGCGAAAGAUUUCCCUAAUGGUAUUCCUGAAUGUGGCGCAGAUGCUCUGCGUUUUGCCCUUCUCUCUUACACGGCCCAGUCUGACAAAAUUAAUUUGGAUAUUCAAAGGGUUGUUGGUUAUCGUCAAUGGUGUAACAAAUUGUGGAAUGCUAUCAGAUUUGCCAUGAGCAAGCUUGGAGAUGACUACACCCCUCCGUUGAAUAUAGUUCCAGAUAUCAUGCCAUUCAGCUGCCAGUGGAUACUGUCAGUACUGAACAAAGCCAUAACCAAAACCGUGUCAUCUCUUGAGUCAUAUGAGUUUUCAGCUGCAACUGAAGCAGUAUAUGCAUGGUGGCGGUAUCAACUGUGUGAUGUUUUUAUUGAAGUAAUAAAGCCUUACUUUACUAGUAAUGAUCCAUCAUUUGUGCAUGCGAGAAGAUUUGCACAAGACACCUUGUGGGUAUGUCUGGAUAAUGGGUUACGGUUACUUCAUCCAUUUAUGCCAUAUGUCACUGAAGAAUUGUGGCAGCGGCUUCCUGCUAGGAAGGAGUAUGCAACGAAAGAAUCUAUCAUGAUAUGCGAAUAUCCAUCAGUUGUGGAGUUUUGGACUAAUGAAAGAGUAGAACGUGAGAUGGACUUGGUUGAUUCUGCUGUGAAAUCAUUGAGGUCAUUCAGGGACUUGUUGCCUGCCAAGGAAAAAAAUGAAAGGCAAACAGCUUUGGCGCGUUGCCAAACAAAUGAAAUUUCAGAGAUUAUUAAAAGCCGUGAACUGGAGAUUUCAACCCUCGGUGCAUUAUCAUCUUUGAAGGUUCUAUCUAAGGAUGAUGCUGCCCCUGCUGGAUGUAAAGUAUCGGUGGUCAAUGAAGACCUGUCGGUAUUUCUUAAGCUUCGUGGAACGCUCAAUGCAGAAGCAGAACGCGAAAAGCUCAUGAAAAAGAUGGAGGAGAUACAAAAACAAUGCGACGGGCUCUCAAAGAUGAUGAAUGCUUCUGGUUACAAGGAAAAGGUUCCACAAAAGAUUCACAAAGACAAUGUUGAUAAGCUUGCCACACUGAUGCAAGAACUUGUGUCUUUUGAACAGGCUAGACAGAUUUUGGAACAGCAAUUUUCUUAAAAAUGUCUCUGUAAUUUUUGGGUUUUCAUAAUUAAUGAUUGUUGAUUUGCAAUGAAUUAAAUCCUCAAAUUACUUCAACAUUGCUCAUUUUUUAAACACAUUCUUCUUCAUUAAUUAUGUACAACGACAACAGAUGAUUGGCAAUGCAAAAAAUGGCUGGG